AUGAACUUGACAGCAUCAGUGAGCAUGGUAUACGAUGGCGGUCAUUACAUUGUUGUUGAUUCACCAUCCGCGACGGAUGUGCAUUCGAAGGAGCUGAUGUUGAAAGGCAUCGCGUCUAGGAACAUCGCUCCCGGUGAAAUACAAUACGUGGUGACCACACAUGGUCAUCCUGAUCACUUUGGACAAGGAAACUUCUUUCCGAAUGCGAGACACUUUUUUGGCAGUUAUGAGUAUUCGGACACCAAUUUUAUAUCAACAGAAUUGCACACGAAAGACAUAAUGCAGUUAACAGCAAAUGUUCAACUCUGGAACACCCCUGGUCAUACUGCUCAGGAUGUGACCGUUAUGGUGCACAACGUCUCAUGUUGCGGAAUAAUUGCAGUCGCUGAAGACGCCAACGAGGCAGCGGGUAUCUGGUUUCAAGAAGCAUGGAACCCAAUUAUUGGCAAGAUUAGUCGGAAUAAAGUAAUUUGUUAUGCGGACUAUGUGAUUCCUGGUCAUGGGAAACUUUUCCGGAUCACACAAGAUAUGAAAAAUGCUGCGGAUUGCUUUACUAAAUAUGAAACUAAUGGAGAAGGUCAGGCGGCAGAGCGCCUGCCACAGUUUGAAAACUCAUUAGAGCAAGUUGUACGGAAACCGGCUGAAACUCUAUUCUCCUCUGCCAACUCGCUCUCUUCAAACUAUAUUCGGGAUCCAACAGUGGUUCCAACUACGAAAACUACCCCAAAACCUGAAGCUUCAACUGCGACCUCUGAUUCAACAACUACUUCUAUGUUCUAUACAGUUGACUUAACAGCUGAAACUCCCUCAACAUCAGAAGAUGGCAUUUUUGACACUCAGGAAAACCUACCACCGCUUGGAUUGAAAAUCAAGAAAAAUACAAACUACAUUGAGUUGCCUGAUUUAUCAGGAGAUAUCCACCCUGUGGUCAAUUCAUUCGCUAAACGAGUGAGUGAAGUGCUGAAGCAACCACAAAACGAAGCUGAAGUAGCUAAACUAAUGCCACAUUUCAAAAAAUGGCAAACCACACUGACUAAACUCUGGAAUCAAUAUAUGCAAAGUGCAACUUGA